CAAGAGGCCUCCCUGUCCCCCAGGCGUCCCAAGCCGGGAAAUAAACGGCAGAUAAGUCAGGGAGGGGACAGAACAGCCCUGCGAGGCACAGGAGGGCAGCAUGGGCUGGCUCAAAGACAGAUAAAACCCAGAGGCUAGGAGCAACUCCCGAGUAUAAACCUUCCAGGGCCCAGAGUGCUCAGGGAACUCGCCCGGGCCACACCGCGACACCGGUCCCAUGUGGCAACAGCGUCGCGCGUCCUCGUUCCGUCCACCUCUUUGCCUUCCCAAAGGGCCGCCAGUGAACGCUGCCCAUGCCCGCAGGUCAAGCACGGAACUCCGCAAGGAGAAAUCCCGGGAUGCGGCUAGAAGCCGUCGCAGCCAGGAGACAGAGGUGCUCUAUCAGCUGGCGCACACGCUGCCCUUCGCGCGCGGGGUCAGCGCCCACCUGGACAAAGCCUCCAUCAUGCGCCUCACCAUCAGCUACCUGCGCAUGCACCGCCUCUGCGCCGCAGGGGAGUGGAACCAGGUGGGAACAGGGUGCGAACAGCUGGAUGCCUGCUACCUGAAGGCCCUGGAGGGCUUCGUCAUGGUGCUCACCGCCGAGGGAGACAUGGCUUACCUGUCGGAGAACGUCAGCAAACACCUGGGCCUCAGUCAGCUUGAGCUCAUUGGACACAGCAUCUUUGAUUUCAUCCAUCCCUGUGACCAGGAGGAGCUUCAGGAUGCCCUGAUCCCCCAGCAGAGCCUGUCCAAAAAGAAGCCGGGGGCCCCCACGGAGCGCUGCUUCUCGUUGCGCAUGAAGAGCACCCUCACCAACCGCGGGCGCACCCUCAACCUCAAGGCAGCUACCUGGAAGGUGCUACACUGCUCUGGACACAUGAGAGUCUACAAGCCCCCCGCACAAACUUCCCCAGCCAGGAGCCCCAACUUAGAGCCCCCACUGCAGUGCCUGGUACUCAUCUGUGAAGCCAUCCCCCACCCCGGCAGCCUGGAGCCCCCGCUGGGCCGGGGCGCCUUCCUCAGCCGCCACAGCCUGGACAUGAAGUUCACCUACUGCGACGAGAGGAUCGCUGAAGUCGCUGGCUACAGCCCUGAUGAUCUGAUUGGCUGUUCUGCUUACGAGUACAUCCAUGCACUGGACUCGGAUGCAGUGGGCCAGAGCAUCCACACCCUGCUGAGCAAGGGACAGGCAGUAACGGGGCGGUAUCGCUUCCUGGCACGGAGUGGUGGCUACCUGUGGACCCAGACCCAGGCCACAGUGGUGUCAGGGGGCCGGGGCCCCCAGUCUGAGAGUAUCAUCUGCGUCCACUUCCUAAUCAGCCGGGUGGAAGAGACUGGAGUGGUGCUGUCCCUGGAGCAAACGGAGCGACACUCUCGCAGACCUGUUCAGCGGGCCACCCACUCUCAGAAGGAUGCCCGUAAUCCUGGGGACACCCUUGACACCUCUGGUCCCCGGAUCCUGGCCUUCCUACACCCCCCUGCCCUGAGCGAGGCCACCCUGGCUGCGGAUCCCCGCCGUUUCUGUAGCCCUGACCUCCGUCGCCUCCUGGCACCUAUCCUAGAUGGGACUUCAGUAGCUGCUGCCCCCAGCGCACCCCGAGUCACUCGGUGCCCCCAGAGCCCUCUUCCGGCUGAUCUCCCAGAUGAGCUACUUGGGGACGUGGAGAACGCACACAAAGUCUUGGCUUCGGGGAAAGGCCUUGAGACAAUUGAGACAGAUCUGGAUAUAGCUCAGGAUGUCGAUGCCCUGGAUUUGGAGAUGCUGGCCCCCUACAUCUCCAUGGAUGACGACUUCCAGCUCAACUCCAGUGAGCACCUGCCCAGGGCCUACCACAGACCUCCGGGGGCUGCCCCCCGGCCCCGCGCACGGAGCUUCCAUGGCCUGUCGCCCCCACCUCCUGAGCCCGCCCUGCUGCCCCGCUGGGGGAGUGACCCCCGGCUGAGCUUUUCCAGCCCUUCCAGACAGGACCCCUCGGCCCCAUCCAUGGCUGGGGCUCGGAAGAGGACCCUGGCCCAGAGCUCAGGGGAUGAGGCCGAGGGGGUGGAGCUGCUGGGAGUGAGACCCCCCAAACGGUCCCCAAGCCGAGAACCUGAAAACCUCCUACUGCCUCCUCUCAGCCUGGCCUGGGCCCUUCACUGCUCGGUCUCUACCCAGAUGAAGACACCACCCAACCCAAGAGCCACUUCCAGCCAGCAACAAGCUUGGCCCAGGCGGACUGAGCCUGACCUUCUUCCCAUCUCUCGUCUCCUUCCCAGAAAGGACCUCAACCGCACUCUAAGCUGGCAGCCAAUGCACAGGAUGGGGGAGCCGGGAGAGGGGAUCCCCCUCUCCUCUCAGCAGCCCCUGUCCGCCUCGGGCCUACUCAGUCCUCACCCCUCUGCCCCUCCCCCAUCUGGGGGUUCUUUGGGGUGGUCUUAGCUCAGUGACCUCUGGAGGGGGUUGCUGGCCCCCUCCUCCUCCUUCUCUCAGGACUUCCCUUGGGGUUCUUGAUACUGCUUACCUCAUCCCUUUCUCCAACCCUCUUGGCUUUAACUUGGGUAAUUAGGGGUGGGGGAGGUUGGGGUUCAGACCUGUGUUUCUAGGCUCUGGGGCAUAUUGAUAACUGUAAUCAUGUUUCUUCCCACCUGUCUUUUAGUACCUUUAUUAAUUUUGCUCUUGUGAUGUUUUUAAUAGCAAUGAAUUGCCCAGAGUCCGUAAGAAUGUGGGACUUCAACCUUCACCCCCUGACUCAGGUGUCAAUGGGGAGGGGAGCCUCUGGCCCAGAACUCCCCCUACCCAGUGACUUCUGAUGGAUCCCUUGGCCUCCCAAACUGCCACCCAGCUCUGCUUACCUGCCUUUCCCCUCCAUUCUGGGUUUCUGCUGUGCCUAGCCUUCCCUGGGUAUGGAAUUUGUUCAUGAAUUUCCUAUUUCAGGUGUGGCCUUCAACUUCCUCUGCUUCCAGAUGAUACAACCUCCAAUCUUCUCCAGUUCUAGACCAUACAACUUCGGGCUGUCUCUGGUUCUAGACUGCACAAGCUCAGACCUUCCUGGUUCUGGACUGCACAACUCCCUGCCUUUUUGUUUCUAGGCUGCACACACCUCCCACAUGCUCUAGUGUAGACCUGGUGGCCUCCAAACACCUCUGAUUCCAGAUCUCACCACCUUUGGCUCUUUCCCAUUCUGGACCUCACAGCCUCCAACUGCAUUUUCACACUUCAUGGUCUCCAAAAUUAUCUGGUUCUAGACCUCACAACCUCCAACUCUCUCUGGUUCUAGAGCCCCCGACCAUCAGAAUUCUCUGGUUCUAGCACUCCCUGGCUCCCUGGUUCUAGACCUCUCCCUACAAACUCCUUUGUUCUAGAUGCCUCACUCUCCGUCUCUUACUGGUUCCAGGUCUUGCAACUGAUUAUUUUAUCUGAUUCUGGACUUCACAACCCCGCGCUUUCCUAUUUAUUGGCUCUAGUCUUCCCAAUCUGUAACACAGUUGGCUCCAAAUCCAACUUCUUAAUUUCUAAAUCUUAAUGAUUCUCAGCUCAUCCCUUCUAAACUUUCUGCACUCAAGAUUUGCUUUUCCCAUCAAAAAGAAGUAAAAUGAGUUUUGUGUUUGGAUCUUAUAACCAACCAAGUACCUCCAGAACAGGACAUCACGUGCCAGUUCUUUGUUCUAGACCUCAUGACCUCUACUAUUCACUGGCUGUCGAUCACGCGGCUUCUAGACUUUGCAACUUCCAGGGUCCUCUGACUCUAGAUGAGAUUCUCUGUUUUCUCUGGUUCUAGAACUUGGCCUUAAAGGUAUCUGAUUCCAGACCUCAUGCUGUAAAUUCUCUUGGCCUAGACAGUCUCUAGUUCUCCCUCACUGCCAAUCUUAUGACUCGAAGUGACCGUGGGUUUAGAAGUCAGCCUUUGAAGGUCUUCCAAUCACAGACCUUGCAUUAGGAAUUUACCUGAUUCUAGACCUUACAACUCCCAACUCUUGAUUCUUAUGGCUCCAAAAUCCCUCUAGAACUCUGUCUUCAGGCUUUUUCUGACUCUAGUCCUUACUCUAUACGUCCCUCUGGUUCUAGGCCUCACAGCUGCCAACUGCCUCUGAUUUCAGAUCCAAAUCCUUCCGGUUCUGGAACUCAGCCUCCAAAUGCUUCUGGUUCUAGAAUCUGAACCUCACCCUACAGAUUCCUCUGGUUCUGAAGCUUACAACCCGACUCCCUGCUUCUGGAAUGCAACCCCCGAAAUCUAUUCUGGCCUUUCUACUCUGCUCAACUUGUCCCAAUUCCUACUCUCUUUCUUAAGUCUUCCCAUUCCAGAUCCCUAUCCUCCAGGUUUUCGCUGCCUGUGGACUUCACGCUGAAACCUCUCCAGUGCCAAUCUCAUAUCCCUAAAAUUUCUUUGUCUUAGAACCCCCUCCACUCCCCAUGUCAGCCCUCCAGAUAUGCACUUGCCUUGACCCCAGGUAGCCCAGGUACCUGGGACUCCCUCACCCUCUUUGGGGGGGUUCACAAUGCAGGAGACUUCCCCAGCCGCAGACAUACGCACAGCCCUAUCCACCUAUCAGGAGGUGGGGAGAGAGGCUGAGACUCCUCAGUUCUCUGCCACCACCCAUAUGUCCCCAGCCCCCUUUCUACGAUGGUGCUAUGCUUGGUCUCCCACGGGAAAACAUCCUCCUCUCUCAGUCCAAUUCACUCCCUCUCCAAAAGGCACUUUUCACUGUUCGUUUGUUUGUUUGUUUGUUUGAGGGAAUUGCCUGUCCAGAUUGGUGCUAUGGGGGGAAAAGGAUCUCAUCCCUCCCUCCCUCAGGGGAUGACCUAGGCCCUCAAUAAAGAGAACUGUGCUAGGCUGCGGGACGGGAAGGGACUGGACCGGCCAUGCAGGCUCUGAAAUUCAUUAGUCUCUAUACCACCAUAAAGACCUCGCCUUGAUAGGCACCAGAA